CAAAGCUCACAUAUUUCAAGGCUUGGGUCACCCUUUUCUAAUCCUGUUGGAGGUCUAAACAAUUGAAUUCUUUAAGUAAAGAAGAAUUCUUAUCAGCACAAAUGCCAACGUCUUGUGAGGACUAGCUGCCCUCCAUCCAACAGCACCCCCUUCUGUAUCAUGGGGCCUGGUGAUAGCUUCUUAAGUACAGGGCUGCUUCACAUCAUCAUAUGGGGAAGCCUGGCAGCCAUGACAAUGCUCCUGGUCUUCAGUUUUCUGCUCUUCCUAUGCUCUAGCUGUGAUAGGGAGAAGAGACCCAAACACCAGAAUGGGGACCAUGAGAAUCUGAUGAAUGUGCCUUCAGAUAAGGAGGCAUUUAGCCACUCUGUCACAAGUCUGGCUACAGAUCCACUUGCCAGCAGUGAACAAAAUGGAGGACUCAGUAAUGGUGAUGUUCUCUCAGAAGAUAGCACAACUGCUUGCAUCCAGCCUUAUGAAGAAGUGCAAACUUCUGCUACUGACCUCCUGGAUCAACAGGACAGUCAGGGAAGAUCCUUAAAAUGUCAUCAAAGCAGGGAGCUACCCAGAAUUCCUCCUAACAAUGCCAUGGAAACUAUUCUGUCUGCAAGAAAUACAGAAAAUUAUCAGGGUCUAGGUAUGGAGGGCCCCUACGAAGUGCUGAAAGACAGCUCCUCCCAAGAAAAUAUAGUUGAGGACUGUUUGUAUGAGACUGUGAAGGAGAUAAAGGAGCUGGCACCAACAGCUAGCACAGAGAAGAGCUGCGACAGCAAGCCCAAAGCUGCAGUGAUGGUUAACGGGAACCUCGAUCAUGUUGCUGAGCGUAAAGUUGAAUCAGUUGAGUAUGCCUCCGUGGACAGGAAUAAAAAAAGCCGCCAGAGUGUUAAUUCGGAGAGUCCUCUUAGCAACACUCCAGACCUGGAAGAUGAAGCUCCACCUCCAGUGCCAGCGAAACUCCUUGAUGAGAAUGAGAAUGAGCAGGAGAAAGGAGCCAAGGAGGAGGAAGAGGUGGCUGAAGGGCCUAGUGAACCUGACAAGAGGCUUAGUUCACUGUCCUACAAAUCUCGAGAAGAAGACCCAUCUCUUACAGAAGACGAGAUUUCAGCAAUGUACUCUUCUGUAAAUAAACCAGGGCAGGCCACCAGAGCGCUGGAGUCUACAUACACCUGCAUUCCUGAAAUUGUACCUCAGAAGUCACCAUCUAUUUGCAGUGGUCUUUAUGCCAGUGUGAAGGACUUGGAAAAUACUCCAAACCUUACCACCAUGCCUCAGUCAACAGACAGACUAAAUGGGGAAUUAGAGCCAGACUAUGAAGCGAUUCAGACUAUAAACCGUGAGGAAGACAGAAAUGUUUUGGUACUGAACAACAGCCAAUCAAUCCUCCCACAAGAGAAUGACUACGAGAGUAUUGGGGAUUUGCAACAGACCAAGGACAUCACUAGGCUUUAACUAUGUAAGAUGCAAGACUCUGGGAACUGAUGAUUGGCUGUAUUUCAGAAGACCCAAGGUGGAUUCACAGUCAACAUUUUAUCACUUACAAGCUUGACCGACAGCUUAGCAUACAAAAUUAUCUCCACUGAAAACAAAAAGUAUUUCAUGUCAAGUAAAAUGAAAGCUCUGCCUGAAAUGUUUGAUAUGCUACUGUCUGCUUUACACAUGGAAAUCACCUUCUAGAUGUAACCUCACUAUGGGGGGAAAGCAAGGGAUAUUGCUUCUUCUGAAGAACAGAGAAAGGCAAAGGGGAAUAAAAGAGGUUUUUU